AUUUCUAUAGCCUCACUUUGACUAAGCAUACUAUAGUUCCACCUAACCCUUAUUUAUCCUUAUUUUCUAGUUGUAAUUGGUUGUACUCAGUUGUAAUUCACUAGUAACGCUGUAAUCAGCUGUAAUCAAUUGCGUAAUAUACGAUGUGGUUAUAUAGCACUCGGUGCUUUUGGCCAUCGCAUUUAAAUUGUCAUCAGUGUUGAAUAGUGUUAUUGAUUGCUAGAGAUUUGUUCAGGACGCUAUAAAAAAAAUGGCACCUACCAUUCAAACCAACAGUAAUCAAGCUGAUCGGGAUAAACGCGUGGUCAGGCCAGCAGAGAAGCGGUCUGAGCUCAUAUGCAGAGUAAAAUAUUGCAAUACGCUGCCGGAUAUACCAUUUGACCCAAAAUUUAUAGCUUAUCCCUUUGAACCAACCAGGUUUAUUCAAUAUAAUCCAACCUCAUUAGAGCGUAAUUACAAAUAUGAAGUAUUGACAGAACAUGAUUUAGGUGUAGAAAUUGAUUUAAUAAAUAAGGACACAUAUGCGGGGGAUCCAAAUGCUCAAUUAGAUCCAGCUGACGAAAAGCUGUUGGAAGAAGAUGUGCUGACACCUCAAGAUUCUAAACGAUCUCGACAUCAUGCCAGGAGUGUUUCGUGGUUGAGACGCACAGAAUAUAUUUCCACGGAAAGCACGAGAUUCCAGCCACAAACAGCAGACAAGGUUGAAGCCAAAGUUGGUUAUAGUAUCAAAAAGAAUUUCAAGGAGGAAACACUGUACAUGGAUCGUGAGAGUCAAAUAAAAGCUAUAGAAAAGACAUUUGAAGACAAUAAAAAGCCAAUUGAAAGACACUACAGUAAACCGAACGUAGUACCUAUAGAAAUAUUGCCAGUAUACCCAGACUUUAAGUUGUGGAAAUAUCCAUGUGCGCAAGUUAUAUUUGAUUCUGAUCCUGCACCAACUGGUCGAUCUGUACCAGCACAGAUAGAAGAAAUGUCACAAGCCAUGAUAAGAGGCGUGAUGGACGAGAGUGGUGAGCAAUUUGUAGCUUACUUUUUGCCGUUGGAAGAAACUUUGGAGAAACGUCGACGGGACUUUACUGCUGGUAUCGAUUACGCCGAUGAAGAAGAAUACGAGUACAAAAUGGCUAGAGAAUAUAAUUGGAACGUCAAGAGCAAAGCUUCCAAAGGAUACGAGGAGAAUUAUUUCCUCGUGAUAAGACAAGACGGGGUUUACUACAAUGAAUUGGAGACACGUGUGAGACUAAGUAAACGGCGCCAGAAGGUCGGACAGCAGCCAAAUAACACGCGCUUGAUAGUGCGUCACCGACCGCUAAACGCCAAUGAAUUCAGAAUGCAAAGAUAUCGAGAAAAACAAUUGGAGCCGCCGGGAGAGGAGGAUGAGGAUGAGGAGGAGGAAGAGGAGGAAGAGGAGGAGGAGGAAGAGGAGGAGCAGGAGACUCAACAAGAGAAAGCAGAUAUGGUAGCUAAAGGUUCCGAAGCAGAGAACGAGGAAGGAUCGACGCGCGCGUCGUCAAGAGCAUCCUCGCAGGCGUCUAGUAGAAAAUCGCGAUCUCGUUCCAAGUCUGGCUCAAGAUCGAAAUCGAAGUCGAGAUCAAGAUCUAGAUCUAGAUCAAAGUCGAGAUCGAGGUCAAGAUCGCGUUCGCGUUCGCGUUCACGUUCACUGUCGCGGUCACAUUCAAAAUCUAGAUCGCCGUCUCGAUCGCGUUCGCCAUCUAAAUCACGCAGUAAAUCACGAUCACAAUCACGAUCACGAUCACGAUCACGAUCACGAUCACGAUCACGAUCACGAUCUCAAUCUCGAUCUGGCAGUCCUCAAUCGAGAAACACAUCAAAGUCGAGAUCUAGAUCCAAGUCGAGAUCGCGCUCAAGAUCGCCUGCGAAAUCACCAUCGGGAUCUUUGUCAACCUCAUUGUCCGUGUCGCCGUCAAGAUCGAGAUCCGGUACUGGUAGCGGUUCCGGUAGCGCGACCGGCGAAAGCGGCUCCGAGAGCGAAUGAAUCUAGAUGCGCGAUCAAUAAUACUAAUGUAAUUAAUUCAUUUCCACUUGAAUCAUUAUUUCAACGAAUGUUCGUUUGUACCGUCGAUAUUUUUAAAUAUACCAGUCCUGCCGAAUAUCAGAAUAAUUGCAUACUGAAAAAAUAAUGAAAAGGAAUUCUUUAAUAAUUAUUAUGAUAAGCAAUCGUUACAGGAUCGUUCAGUGGUACGAUCAAAGAAAUAAAUUUAUAUUAGCCAUAUAUACAUAUAUAUUUUAUGCACUGAGGUAGUUGCUACGAUAAUCUGCAGAUAUAAGAAAAAAAUCCAUCAUUGUGUUUCGAAAGAUGUAGUACUUUUAUGAUAUUUAAUUUUGCAUGAUAUAUGUACUUUGGUCGGGAAAUGAAAUAAGAAAAAAUAAGACUUAAAUUGUUUGAAGAUUUUCCGGUGCAAUAUUGGCGACAAAUCUGUUUUAUAAUUUUUAUUUUCAUUUUUUUCCAUCGAUAUGCGUUUAUUUUGAUUCGAUUGUAAACCAACUAUGUGAAGCGAUUAAAAAAAAAGACAGAUUUGAUAGA